GCCGCUAUGUUACCGGGUGGCAUACUGAUGGUUACUGGCGGGUACUCUAUUUCCUCUUCUCGUGCACAACGGAGAGACUCGUUGAAUGUUAAUACCCAGACUUAUUUUCUCAAUACCACGUCAAACGCUUGGAUUGCCGACUACACCCCUCUAGCGAAGCCAACUACCCCUGCCUCUGAAGAAAAAGGACUUUUAUCGACCACCGGACAAAAGGCGGGAUUGGGUGUCGGUAUAGGAGUUGGUCUUGCUGUUGUGUGCGGGUUGGUUGCUUUUUGCAUAUGGCACAGAAGACGGGCACAACGACGACGGGAUCUCCGCGAGAAGCAGCUCCAAGACCUAUCCUACAUGGCUCACCGGUACAACCCUGAAGAAUACGCGACAGCCUUUGAUGACCGCAACGGUCGGCUCGACACAUCCGACUAUCUUGUUGAUCAGAAUGGCCCCUACGUCUUUCCCCCUGGCACUCAGGGUGGUCAAGGUUGGAAGGCAACGAAUGGCGGAGACGCCGAACGAACCGGACUACUUGUCGAAAUUCCAAGCCCAACGCGGGGACUGCGACGCAGUUUAAGUGGCAGACCUGGAUACGCCGUGGCCAGAUCCCAGGUACCGAGUGGUAUACAUCCGAUUGAUGAACUGGAGGAGGAGCCUGAAGAUGAGCAAGCUCACAUGAGUUCUCCCUCGUCGUCGAGGCACCCUGAGAUGACUGAAUUACGAUCAAAAUUGAUGGCUACAAUGCUCAACACCGAGGCUUCUGAUGCAUCCGCAGAUGCACAAAGGCUUGAUAAUGGGCAGAGAAAUACCCUGCAUGCUACGCAUGAAAGUCCUGGGCACAGCAGAACCCACUCACUUGGCCGACUCCAGCUAAACUCUGCUGGAAGGCUCUCGCCGGAGAAAUUUGGUUCAGAACGUACCAGCUCAAAUUUGAGCGAGAGAAGUGACAUUUCCUGGGCCUCUUCCCAUGACGGUGUUGGUGGUGCAUCAAUGCGUCCUGGAAAUAUACUAAACAACAUCCCCGGCUCUUCCAGAUCACCAGAUGCCAGCCUGUCCAGUAACAAGACCAGUAGGAAUGGCGAUGUUGGCCGACAUUCUCCUGAUGAACCUCGAACCAACUCUCUCAACAGUGUGGAAAGCAAUGGCCAACCAGACCUUGAAUCUUUCCAGACUGCUCGGUCAUCAUUUGCGCACCUGCAGGCCGAGGGUGAGGCACUGCUUGGUGGCAACCCGGAUAGGCCUAGGCCAGGUACUGGCUCUUCCAGGUCAGACGCCUAUCGCGAUACAGAGGGAAGCAAUAGCCGAGCGGCUACAGCCACACCAGCAACAUCCUGCGCCUUGGAAAUCUCGACUGCGCCACAACCUACGCCGAAAGUGCGAAGGAUUAGUUGGUUGGGCAGCGUUCGGAGGGUUUUGACAAGAUCUGUAUCAAGCGCUGAACGCACAAGAUCAAUGCACACUCCAAUCAUCUAUCAUGAACCUUACAGAGACGACCCGACCUCGCCUGUUGAGCCACGUCCAAUCGAUACCAGGAAGUCAUUCCCCGCUGCCACCGCACCACCCCAACGCGCAGCUUCGGACGCAAGCUUCUGGCGCAACCGGAGAGGAAAGAAAGAUUGGCUAGACGACGAAGAAGAUUCCGCCUGGCGACGUGCACCAGGCGAUGACUGGGGUACACCCGAAGACAUUGCUCUGGCUGAGCGUGAACGCCAACGUCAGGAAUGGAGAGAACGAGGCAACUUGCUAGUCAACAUCAGCAACGAUGACCAUCUGCCUACACCACGCUCACUCAUUACACCGGACCAUUUGGGUGUUCCCACUUCGGACGACCGACCUUGCACACCCGCGAGCGAAGCAGAUUGGGAUGUUGAAGCAGCCGUUGAGCGACGCGUAGUCCAAGUCAUGUUCACCGUGCCCAAAUCCAAGCUACGUGUUGUCAAUGCGGAUGUCGAAGGUAGUAGCAUCAUGUCCAUGUCUCGAGACGGUGACGACCAUGCAGCAGAAUCAUCAAGCAGCAAUGGCACUACCAACCGUGUCAAGGAUCUCGCUGGCCGGUUCGAGCAGAUGAACAGCAGCACCAGCAGUCUUAGAUUUUCGCCCCGACCGUCCCCAUCCAACUCUAUCAAGUCGAUGAAGGUCCGGUCAAAGCGCAGCGGUGCGUCGUUGGCGCGGCAGCAAAGCGUCCGAAGUGCGGCAAAAGAGAGGGGACUCAAGCCUUUGAACAGAGAGGAAGGAGACGGAGAUUAAGUUUUCCCCUUUUUCUUUCUUCUGAGUCCCCGCCUCUUUUUCUUGUACUACACUACCUCUUUUUCCUUUUUCUCCCUAUUAGAUCUAGGUGUAUUUCCGCCGAUACAACACGGAACGGAACGAAUGAAACAUUGGGAAAUCGAGAAACAUGACUUCCGUUUUUAUCAACAGUACAG